AUGCCGUCUGGCGUCCAUCAAUUGGCUGUGACAGUUAGCGGUACACUGUCUGAAACUACAUCUGAGAAGAUUGAGCACCACCGCCAACCAGCUGGACAUCUAAAUCACCACGGGGCAUUUCAGCCACGAGCACGACUAAAUUUCGCCUGUAUCACCAGGCUAAGACCUCAGCAGCUUCAAGCUGGUGCACAACGCGACCGAACGCAACGGAGCUUGAAGCUCUUUGCCGAUGCGACAACUAUGGCUCACGUUGAAGGUAACCAUGGCACAUAUUGGUCAUGGAAAUGCGAACCCAACGAACCAGAGGCUGAGAGUCGUCCACGAUCCCAAAAGGCCCUCCAGCUCGAAGUGGUCAACCACUCUGGCACAGGCGAUAAAAGCAUGGACUGUGGAGAGCAGGACGGGAAGAUUCAUAGGCCUCGGACCUCCUUACUUGCAAUUGAGCUGUCUGAGCAGUAG